AUGAGCUCCGAUCCGGCGGUUGUGUCUUCCGGCGCCGUUCAUCAUGGCGGUCUUGAUGAGCAGAUUUCUCAGCUUAUGCAGUGCAAGCCCUUGUCUGAACAAGAGGUCAGGCAGCUAUGUGAGAAAGCCAAGGAGAUUUUAAUGAAAGAGAGCAAUGUCCAGCCUGUGAAAAGCCCUGUGACCAUUUGUGGUGAUAUUCAUGGACAAUUUCAUGAUCUGGCAGAGCUUUUUCGAAUUGGCGGCAAGUGUCCAGAUACAAAUUAUUUGUUUAUGGGAGAUUAUGUUGAUCGGGGCUAUUAUUCAGUUGAAACCGUAACGCUUCUUGUGGCCCUCAAAGUGAGGUACCCGUCACGAAUUACUAUUCUGAGAGGAAAUCAUGAGAGUCGCCAGAUUACUCAAGUGUAUGGAUUUUAUGAUGAAUGCCUGAGGAAAUAUGGAAAUGCAAAUGUGUGGAAGACUUUUACUGAUCUAUUUGAUUACUUUCCUCUCACCGCAUUGGUUGAGUCAGAAAUAUUUUGUCUUCAUGGAGGUUUGUCUCCUUCAGUUGAAACACUAGACCACAUACGUAAUUUUGACCGUGUACAAGAAGUUCCUCAUGAGGGAGCCAUGUGUGAUCUUCUAUGGUCUGAUCCUGAUGAUCGAUGUGGUUGGGGCAUUUCACCUAGGGGUGCUGGAUACACAUUUGGCCAAGAUAUUUCAGAGCAGUUUAACCAUACCAACAACUUAAAGCUCAUUGCUAGAGCACAUCAGUUGGUCAUGGAAGGAUAUAACUGGGCUCAUGACCAGAAAGUUGUUACCAUAUUUAGUGCGCCUAAUUAUUGCUACCGCUGUGGAAACAUGGCGUCCAUCCUUGAAGUGGAUGAUUGCAGGGCCCACACAUUCAUUCAGUUUGAGCCCGCUCCUCGAAGAGGAGAACCGGAUGUAACUAGGAGAACACCAGAUUAUUUCCUAUGA